AAAUGACAUCAUCGAUGACGUAGCAGGAAGUCGCUCGACGACAACAAAACCGCACUUGGUUGAAGCACGCAAACCAACCUAUCUAUCGCCUUCAAUUUGGCUGCAUCAGAUCAACACGAAAUCUAUCUAUGUGGUGAAUCAGUAACAUUAGCUACACGACAACUGCUACGACGAAAGAGACUGACCGCUAUCUGGAAGACUGUCACAUUUCUACUUCAAUGUCUUGUGGGUGUCCACCCCAGUCACCUGCUGUGGCCAAGUCGGAAGUAGCAAUCGAGGGAGAAUGCCCACUGCUGGCUGCCACCUUUGCUUACUGGGACAAUAUCCUAGGUCCUCGCGUCCAUCACAUCUGGGCACCAAAGGCUGAUCCUGCCAUGUUCCUCAGCGAUGGAGACGUGACCUUCUUGGCCAAUCACACAUUAAAUGGGGAGAUUCUGCGCAGUGCGGAAUGUGGCGCGGUGGACGUGAAGUUUUUCGCGCUGGCAGAGAAGGGUGUCAUCAUCGUGUCGCUCAUCUUCGACGGUGAGCUCAAGGGGGACAAAAACACCUGCGCCUUGUCCGUUAUUCUGCCGCAGACCGAGCUGGCCUUCUACCUGCCUUUGCACACCAUCUGUGUGGAGAGGUUAAAGCAUGCUAUCCGCAAGGGACGCAUUUGGAUGCAAAAGGGCUACAACAUCGUCGCAGUGCUGAGCUUGGAAAUAGUUCCCGUGAUGGAGCUGCUGGCGUCCAUGAAAACACACAGUGUGCCUGAAGAUAUAGACAUCAAAGACACCAUGCUAAAUGAUGAUGACAUUGGAGACAGCUGCCAUGAGGAUUUCCUCCACAAGGCCAUCAGCUCUCAUCUCCAGACUUGUGGUUGUUCAAUAGUGGUUGGAAGCAACCCAGAGAAAGUAAACAAGAUGGUGCGAACGCUUUGCCUCUUUCUUACUGCCACCGAGAAGAAAUGUUCUCGCCUUUGCAAGGCAGACUCAUCCUUCAAAUAUGACACCGGCCUUUUUGUUCAAGGUCUGCUCAAGGACUCCACCGGCAGCGUUGUACUGCCCUUCCGCCAGGUUCUCUACUCCCCUUACCCGAGCACACACAUUGACGUGGACAUCAACACGGUCAAGCAGAUGCCGCCGUGUCACGAGCAUACUUACCACCAACGUGGCUAUAUGCGCUCUGAGCUCAAUACGCUUUGGAAGAGCGACAGCGAAGAGGACAUCGCUCCCGACACCGUCAUCCCCACCGACGACACUUUCACACCCGACCUGAAUAUAUUUCAAGAUGUCAUGCACCAAGACACUUUGGUGAAGUCCUUUAUAGAUGAGGUGUUCAUGCUGCGGCCCGGCCUUUCCCUGCGGAGUACCUACUUGGCUCAGUUCCUCUUGCUCCUCCACAGGAAAGCCCUCACACUGCUCAAGUACAUCGAGGAUGACACUCAAAAGGGGAAAAAGCCUUUCCGGACCUUGCGCAAUUUAAAGACCGACCUGGAUCUGAUGGUGGAAGGAGACCUGAACAUUGUUAUGGCCUUUGCUGAGAAGUUGAGAGCAGGACUACACUCAUUUGUAUUUGGGAAGCCAUUCUACACAAGCAUGCAGGAAAGAGAUGUUCUUAUGAACUUUUGAUUGUCUUCUCCACCUGCAUGCACCUUUUAUUAAAAAAAAAAAAAUGGAAAUACGUGUUUUCUUUCCAUACCCACAUUUUCGUUUUAUCCAAGCAAUCACUUGAAAUAAGUACUGUUUAUGUGACUUUUUUUUUUUUCUUGAUCUGCUUUUACUAUAAUGUGCUAUAAAGAUAAAGUUUGUUCUAUAUGAUAUGAAUAAUAUACAUGCAUCAGACGUUGUUAGUCGCCUGCUGCCAUGUAUUAUUUUGCAUGUGGCUUCAAAAUGCUAUUUAUUAAAGGUGUCUGCUAUUUUAUUCGACUGUGUUGACCUUCAGAAUUAAACUCUGGUACAGCCUACAGUCCAAUAAAAAAGUACAUCAUGAGAAAAUGA